CUCAUUUAGGAGUUUUAAAGUCCGGUAGGCGUGUGUUAGGGUUCAUUGUUUUUCUGUGUGUGUGUGUGUCAAUUUUGAAGCCCUGGUGUGUGUUAUUGUGAAUUGAAUCGCCACAAGCAUAAUUUGUUCGAUCAUUUCAAAUGUCUCGAGUCCCCCUUUCCCCAAUGUACCAUGAGCGGAACCACGUGUUUCUUAAUUUUAUUUAGUGGUUUUAAUACACAAACCUUUAAAUGUGAUGUGAAAAUCUCAUGAAAGCCGUGGCUUUUAAAACCGAAACUCGAAAUGCCCAGUGGUCACAUGGCUGCGAACUGAGUCGAGGCAGCGGCGACAUACGGAACAAUUUCGAAACAAAAACUUCGUCUUGUCCGGCCUCUUCCUGUUUUGGAAUAAAUCCAUUGUCAAGACUUAAACCAAAGUUCAGUUACUCUCUUAAAAUGAUAGGGGAUUUCGGUGAAUCGUUCAGUGACCACUGUGUUAUUUGGUAAGUUCCAGGGAGGCUUCCGCCCGCCGGACUCUCCGUUUCAUUCAUCCCUCCUGAAGUUGCGCUGGUGCUUUCGCCCACUUCCUGUCUUACCGUUUUCACUCCUUUUGUCUCGGCAGUUGCCAACGUCGUCCUGCUUCUUGCUGUUCAUGUUCACUGAUCGCAGUCAGUAGACGUGUGUGUGUUUAAGGCACCUGUGGACGCCGCAGACGACGGACCGCCCAUGUGACGGCGGAGUUCCGGGUUUGUUUUCGCCUCUUGCCGGAGAGCGGCUGCUUCCUCUGCGACUCUUUCUGCCCGCGACACAUCAUGUCUCUGCUGUUGGAGCACGAGUUUUCCCCGCUGCCCCCCGACAAUGCCGUGGACACCAAGCUUUUUCUGGAAUCGGUGUCGCAUCUGCCUUCGUUCUUCGACUGUUUGGGAUCCUCGGUGUUUUCCGUCAUUAAGUCUGACAUCAAUGGCAAUAUAAUGAAAAUUAAAGGGGUCUACAUGAAAAACCCCGAGAGGUACGUGACCCUGCAGCACAUCCUGGAGGCGGAGCGGGAAGACCAUGGCUCAGAGUGGCCCAAAGUCGGAGCGACGCUGGCCCUGAUGUGGCUCAAAAGGGGUCUCCGUUUCAUUCAGGUCCUGCUCAAGAGUUUGGCAGAUGGUGAGCAAGACGCCAGCAACCCCAACCUAAUACGGGUCAACGUCACCAAAGCUUACGAGCAAGCCCUGAAGAAGUACCACGGGUGGUUCGUCCAGAGGAUUUUUCAAGCGGCGCUGUAUGCAGCCCCUUACCGGUCCAACUUCCUCAAGGCUCUUUCCAAAGGUGACGAGGUCAAAGAAGAAGCAUGUAUGGCCAAUAUACAGCGGUUCCUGGUGAAUUACACAGCCACCGUGGACGCCAUCUACGACAUGUACACCAGCCUGGACGCGGAGCUGGACUACACCGUCUGACAGUGCCGCACAAACGUCUUAAUCUAUUUAUUUCAUCGUGAUUUUAUUCAAAUAUUUAAUUUAUCAGAAAAGUCUGUGAAACAUUUCAGCAAUACGAGUGUGUGCUCCAGGUCAGGUGACGCUCACCUGGUCAAGACAGCACAGCCUUUGUGUGUUUUCGCUCCUCAGAUUUCACCGUCCUGAAUUUCCUGCAGGCGCCUUCAACAUGCAGGCUGUUGAUUCUUGAAUCCACCUUGUGCCUUACCGUGAUUCAUGCACUAUUUUGAAAUUGUGCUGCAGAUAUAGUGACCUGCGAUGAUGUUUGUACUUUGAAAUAAAG